AUGACGAUGAUCCAACGCUCAAACAACGAGCAGAUGCUCAGGUUCUUCUCCUCUAUGACCCUCGGCUCCUGGCUCAAUGAGACCGCCACUCACAGUUUACCUUAUGUGAGUUUGUGGAUACAAGCGGCUGCUGCAAUGUCCAAUAUGGGGUUAUUUGAAGCAGAAAUGUGCAGUUCUCCAGUUGUGCCUUUUCAGUAUUUGGUCUAUCUUGCCGACACGCGCAACUUCGUGAGCCAUCUCCACAAUGCUCUUGAGCGGAACAAGAUAAGGGUCUUCGUUGAUCACAGUCUGGAAAGAGGACUAGAGAUUGCACCCACAAUCAAUGAAGCGAUUGAGCAAUCGAGGAGCGCCAUCGUGGUCAUCUCUCAGACAUUUGCCUCCUCGCCAUGGUGUCUGGACGAGCUGGAUAAGAUCCUCGAGUGCAAGGAAAAGAAAGGCCAGCUGGUAUUCCUCAUUUUCAUGGAUGUUGACCCCAAAGAGAUGCGCGAGCAGUCCGGACCAUUCAAGCGGAUUGGCCAAAAUGAGAAGGGUAUAGCGCAGGAGAACGCUGACAAGGUCCAAAGGUGGAGAAAAGCUCUCCGCAAAGCCGGUAAUCUCACCGGUUGGUCUCUCGAAAAUAGGUACUAA